UGGUCUCUCUGGUGUUCAGCUAGUGUUGGUGCCGGGCGUGUUGUCAUGGCGUCGGCCGCAGUCCCGGCCCCGGCCCCCGCAGUGGAGCUGGGCUUCGCCGUGGAAGCGCCGGGCUGGCGCCUGCGGAGCGAGCAGUUCCCCAGCAAGGUGGGCGGGCGGCCGGCGUGGCUUGCCGAAUGCGGCCUUCCGGGCCCCGCGGAGCUCGCGUGCCCGCUGUGCCGCCGGCCGCUCGCCUUCCUGCUGCAGCUAUACGCGCCGCUCCCGGACCGCGCCGACGCCUUCCACCGCAGCCUCUUCGUCUUCUGCUGCCGGGAGCCGCCGUGCUGCGCCGCCUUCCGAGUUUUUAGGAAUCAACUACCCAGGAAAAAUGACCAUUAUUCUUAUGAACCACCAUCUGAAGAGCCACCGGAUGAAGAAGAUGAUUCUCUAAGUAUACAGCUUCGAUCUGGUGUUCAUCUCUGUAGGGUUUGUGGCUGUUUGGGUCCCAAAGUUUGUUCCAAAUGUCAUAAGGCCCAUUAUUGUAGUAAGGAUCAUCAGACUCUUGAUUGGAAGUUGGGACAUAAGCAGUCUUGUACAACAUCAGAUAAUUUGAAUAGUGCAAUCCUAGGCCACGAGUUCCUUUUUCCGGAAUAUGAAAUUGUAAUAGAAACAGAAGAGAUGGAGCCUGACAGUGUUCCUGUUCCUGACUGCAUUCCUGAAGACCUGGAAAAGUGUGAAAACUCAGAGCUCAAAGGCAGUAUGGAUGAAGCACUUGAGGCAGAAUUGGAUUCCAUAGCAAAACAUGAAUCUGAGGAAGAUAAAAUCUUCCAGAAAUUUAAAACUCACGUAGCCCUUGAGCCAGACCAGAUUCUUAGAUAUGGCAGAAGAAUCGACCCCAUCUGGAUUUCUGGUGAAAAUAUUCCUCAAGAACAAGAUAUUCCAAAUUGUCCAUGUGGUGCCAGGAGGAUAUUUGAAUUCCAGGUUAUGCCACAGCUUCUAAAUUACCUGAAGGCUGACAGACUGGGCAGAAGUAUUGACUGGGGGACUCUGGCUGUCUUUACCUGUGUGGAGAGCUGCAACUUGGGCACCGAGUAUAAAGAGGAGUUCAUUUGGAAACAAGACUUUACAGAUGCAACUUAAAAUCAUGAAAAACAAAUCUCUGGUCUGGUUAUUUUAUACUCUUAACAUUUUAAUACCUAAGCAGUCUUCAGGCCUUGUAUGUAUUAGUGUAAUGAGGAGAAAAGCUAAUGUUAUAGUAAUCUAGAGAAAACUCAUCACAACAGCCCCAGUGUCUGCUGACGGGCUGAUUGUGAUGGACAUUUAGUUUAAUGCACAUGCUGCUGUGCCUGCUACACCAUGGGAGGAAGGAUUUUAUUUUAGUGAACUGCAAAGUCAGAUAUCAAAGGACUUAAGUUCAGUUCGUAAUCACAUAAUCAAGUAUCAGUUUAUUGAUGGUAGUUUCUUGUUUUCAUAAUUAACAGAAUCUUUCACCCAGAGCCUUGAAGUACUACUUUUUACACACUCAGUAUGCUGACAUGAUAUGAUAAUACAGAGCCAUACCUUUAUCUUUCUAAUGACUAGAACUCCUCAGCUGUUAGCCCAGCCUAUUUCUGGUGGGGCAUGACAGGAAUAGUUGAGCUGCCUUUUGCAUAUGAGGCUGCUAAUCACUUUAUUCCUUAAGUUUAAGGUUGGAUGUUUUGUUUUAUGUUCCCCUUUGCCUUCUAUCAAUCUUUUUUUUCCUGUCUCUUCCUUUUUGUCUUAUCUCCUCCUGAUCUGUAUACCUCUUAGACACUAACACCUCCUUAAACCAUUCUUUUUUGCCUUAACUGCCAGGAAGUUAAGAGCUAGGUUCAGUGCUCAUCUGGAAUAACAAACUUAUCAUAUUUGCUCCUUUUGAUUGCUUAAAAAAUAAAAAUUUCCUGUCUUUUGGUUAACUGUA